CUUCUGUUUUAGUGAUAUCCAAACAAGAUAAUAGCGUCAGCAAAAAAAUGAAAGAAUAUGAAAAAGCUAAAAAUUAUUUCAUUGAGAGAUUGGGUUUGCAUUUCAAGAAGACGUCAAGUGAUCGAAUACAGAUGGUGUUUAAAUCAAUUAACCACCGCAAACCCAACAAACUGUACAUUUUCUCUAUAAAGAUUGAUGAAAACAGCAAAUACCUUGUUACUGAGUGCCACCCGUUGGUCCCAAACAUAGAGGAACUUGUUCAAAAGUUGAAUGCAACCAAUAACUUGAGCAACUUCAUUCUGUCAAUGAGAAAAGCUUUCAAAAGCCUCUGCCACUGAAAUGUAAUAUCUUUCCACAGCAGUUUAUUCCUGAUCUGGAGAUGUGGUGUGUUUACGCUACCCUGCAGUUUACCUCAGACUAGAAGAUGUGGUCUGUUUCUACAGCAAUGACAUCAGGGUGUGGCUACACUGUGUUUUUUGCUUUUUUUUAAAAAAUAUAUAUAUAUAUGUAUAUAUUUUAUUUUGCUUGAAUCUCUGUUACCGUAUGGGAAGCUUUUGUAAACUCGGUGUACAUGUGGUCAUGAUUAUGUUUUUUUUUAUGUUGUGAGUGUUAGUCUUGGUGAUCGUCUCUCUUACAAACACACACACACACACACACAGACAUUGAUCUGUAAAUAUGUAUAUUCAUGCACAUACUUUCAUUGGGUACACACAUUCAUUUCUCUUUGUCUCUUUCUGUAUAUGCUAGGGUCCUGUGAUGAGCCUGCGAAACUAAGCUGCAUGGGGGGCUGAAUCAAACUGUUUUAAAUAAAAGUAUAUGCAACUC